AUCUGGGACCAGUAGUGAGACAAACGUGAUUUUUUCUCUGCUUCUGGUGAACGAGGACUCUGAGCUGUAGAUAUGGCUCGUCUGGAUCAUGUCAUCACAAACAUUGUGGAUAUAUUCCAGGAGUACGCCGAAAAUGAGGGCAAGAAGAACAAGUUAAACAAGGAGGAAUUAAAGAAAGUGUUGCAGCAAGAAAUACAAAGUCCUGAGUUGAAAGGUACAAUCAAUGCAGAUGAUAUUGAGGAAUCCAUGCAGAUGCUGGACAAAAACCAUGACGGUGAGGUCAACUUCCGGGAGUUUUGUCGGUGUGUGUCGUACCUGGCCAAGUGCCACUACAAAAAGAAGACAGGCAAGGGAGGCAAGGGAGGCAAGGGAGGCAAGAAAGGCAAGGGCAAAGAACAGGAACCUGAGCAAGAAGACUGAAGAUUCACUCCUAAAAUGAUGGAAGCUCUGUAACAUAUUAGAAAUAUUCUAUAUAUAUAUUUGGCAUAUAAACAACUUAGAUUUCA